AAAAAGAAUUAUACGAUAUUGUUGAUAUAUAUGAAGACAUUCAAAAUAAUAAAAAAGAAAAUAUUCAUGAUAAAAAUAUAGAAGAAAGAAAAAUACAUAAAACAAAUUUUACAAAUGAUUAUGUAAAGAGUGGUUCUAAUAAUGAUAAUGAUAACAGUUCAAACGUUAUGAUACAUUUUAAUAAGAAUGAUAAUAUAAUAUAUAAAGAUAUUUUUAAAAAACUUGAUGAGGAAAGAAAACAAAAAAAAGAUAAUAUCUAUAAUGAUUAUGCACACAAAUAUAUACACAGCGAUAUGUUAUACAAUUAUCGGUUUGUGCAAAAUGAUCUGUACAAAAUAAUUCAACCGGUGUUAUAUAAUUUAAAUAUAUUUUUUAAUCAGAAUGUUAUAAAGGAUAUAAAUAAAAUUAUGGAAAAAUAUGAUACGGUUAUUCAGGAUGUACAACAGGUUGGUAGAAAGAAGGAAUAUAAUCAAAGGAUAAAUGAAGGAUUGGAAAAGCGUGAGGGACAUAAAUCAACUUAUGAAAAAGGAAAUGAAGUGAAAGCAGAUAACAUGAAAGAAAAUAACAUGAAAGAAAAUAACAUGAAAGAAAAUAACACGAAAGAAAAUAACAUGACAGAAAAUAACACGAAAGAAAAUAACACGAAAGAAAAUAACAUGACAGAAAAUAAGGUGACAAAAAAUCGAGAUAAAAAAUUACAAAACAAUGUACAAACAUAUGAACAACAAAAUAUACAAACAAAUUUACACAAUGAUAAUAAAAAUAUAAAUACUAAAAAAAUCCACAAUAGUAACAAUUAUCACGUUAAAGAAAAAAGAAAUGACAAAAAUGUAGAUAAUAAAAAUAAAGAUAAAGAAGAGUGUAUUAAUUAUGCAGACCUUGACAAAGGAGAUAAACACAUUACGAAUACGUUGAAGAUACCAAAUAACAAAAUCCAGAUGAAAGAAAACAGAAAAGAGAAUGUAUUAUUUAAAAAAGAAAAAGAAAAACAUUACAUAAAUAAGGAAAAGGAUGAAUGUGAUAAGGUUACAAAUACAUUUAAAAUCAUGGGUCAUUCAUCAAAAAAUAUAACAAAUAAUAAUUUAAAUAACUUAUCGAAGAGUUCUCCCAGAGCUGUUUACCCUUUAAAAUGUAUAGAAACAGAAUGCUUCAAAGUUAUGAUAUUAAAAAAAAAGAAAAAAAAAUAUUCUUAUCAAUCUAUAAAUUAUAAUUCGGAUUCAUAUAUAUCUUCAACUAUGUGUGACAACUUGGAAGAUGAUAAUAAUAAAGCUCAAUCAGAUACUUACAUAAAUUAUUUAAAUAUAAAAUAUAGUAAAGAAGAAUUAAAAAGUUUGAACAAUCGUAAUUUUAUUUAUUAUAUAACAAACGAUAUUGAAACACUUGGAAUAUAUAAAAAAAUUUAUUUUUAUGAUUUCUUUUUUAUAUAUUUAUUAAGGAAAUUAUUCUGGAAUAUCUUUUCAUUAUAUUAUAUAUAUUUACAAAAAUAUAAUGAUAAAAGGGAAGAAAAAAGAAAAAAGAAGAUACAACAAAAUAUAAACAAUAUAUACUUGCCAUCUAUAUCAUCGUCUUCAUCAAACGACGAAACUAAUCUAUCUAAAAAUUAUAUUAAUAAUAAUAAUAAUAAUAAUAAUAAUUAUAAAAUUAAAAAAAUUUAUUGUGAUCAUUUAUUAUUAUAUGAGAGUGAUGUAAGCGUUAACAAUUCUCAAAUUAACAAAGAAUAUCUUUAUAAUACAAACAAGUUAUUACAUGAUGAUUUAAAAAUAUUAUUUAAUUUAAUAAAGAAACAAAAAAUUUUAAUAUAUUUUAGAUAUGAUCAAAAUAAAAAAAUUAAAUGUAAAAAUAAAACACAAUAUGUUCAUAGGGAUAUAUGGAUAUAUCUAAUUUUAAAAGCUCUCAAAAAAAAAAAUGACAGCACCAUUUUUAAUGAAUUUAUAUUCUUUAAAGAAAAGCAAUAA